GAAGACGUGCGAAGCCACUUGCUCACUUUUGCAACGUACCCUCUUCGCUGCGCGGUCGAGAUACUGAAGGCCAUUCAAGACUUCUUGCAUCAAAUGGAAUACGGCAAAGUAUGGUCGUCUACACACGUAUCGCCACAGAAACUUGCCGAAAUCCAGAGAAGGAGGAAAGUUUCCCCAAAAAAGCGACUCCCAAAACGUCCUUUCUAUCAACGACUGGCUGGUGCCGUACUUUCCGUCUUCUCGUUUGGGCAAGGGAAAAAGGAGCUUUCUAAACCCGUUCGGAUUCGCCGCCAGUUAGGCAGCGAGGAGGGAGAAGUCGACCAAAGACCCUGUUCUGCCAGUGACGACGCAGAAAGGAAACGAAAGCAUGAUGAUAUCGAAAGCGAAAGCGACUCGGAAUACUCUGAUGAUGAUGACUUUUAUGAUGAUGAUGAUUAUGUUUCGGAGGAAGAUCCCGAUUAUGAGCCGUCGCGUGAAGGGAUCGCAGACGAUAGCCUGGAGUACCAGGAAGGAGAGACGGAGAGCGACGUCGAUCUUCAGGAAGAUGACAUGUCUCCAGCUGCGAGUCGAACGCGUUAUCAAAAUCGGAAAACUAAGUCCGGAUCAAGCCAAAAUGAAAAGAAAAAGGGCACAACCCCAAAGAAAGGAGAUAUCGUCAAUUCAAAAAACAGCAAACAGAAGGAACAAGCAAAGCCAGUAAAAGCUGCAGCCGAUUCAAAUACGUCGCCAAAAGUGACAUCAACUUCGAAUUCGGUAGAUUUUCCGCCGUUGUCGCACGUUACUGUGAAUGGUCAUAAGUGAAGACAAGAGUUGUAGGUCGCUGCAAAUCUCCCAGCAUCUACGUGGACUUCAAUCGGGUUGUCAUUUUUACAAUGUCACUUGACUAAUGGACAAAUAAGGUAUAAGCUUUGUGAUGACCGUUUAUGUCCUGUUAUUUCGGAUUGUCGUAGCGAAUUGGAGAUAUGUCAUUGCAGGUGUUCGACAUCUUAUUUAUGUAUAAAUAUAUAUUGAUGUAAAGAGUUGUCAUUUUCAACAAACUUAUAUUUAUACAAUUUACUACACCCCAAUCAUUAUUUGCACGCAUGCAUUCAAUUCGUAUGUUCCUGAUUCUAUAUUUUUCCACCCGUGCGUUUGUUAAAUUUAAUAUCUUGAUCAGCAAAUGUAUUCGUUUCAAAAUUUAGGCUAAUAAAUGACACGAAACCGCAAA